AUGAAAGAACCUGCGGCCGCAGACCUCGUCAGGAGUAUAAAGAACUUCAUAAAGACAUUCGAAGACCGUAAACCAGAUCCCGAGCGGGACAGCGCAUUUGUCCAGGGUCUGGAGAAGUAUCUGAUGACGAAGAUAUACCACAAGACGUUUGGGGUGAGUGAGCUGGACAGGGAGCGAGAUGAGGCCCUGCAUGUGCGCAUGCGAGCCCUGAACUUCAUCAAGCCAUCGCACCUGGACAUCCCUGAGCUCUACAGGGAUGAGAAGGCCUGGAUCCUUGCCAUGAAGGAGCUGCACAAAAUCAACAAUUACAAGGCGCCUCGUGAUAAGCUGGUGUGCAUCCUCAAUUGCUGCCGGGUCAUCAACAACCUGCUGCAUGUCCAAGUGCAGCAAGGGGAGGCUCGAGGUGCUGAUGACUUCCUGCCAGUGCUCAUCUACGUAGUGAUUCAUGCCAACCCUCCUCAGCUAGCCUCCAACCUGGAGUACAUCCAGCGCUUCCGCAUGCACUCGCGCAUGGCCUCUGAGUCAGCCUACUUCUUCACGCAGCUGUACUCUGCGGCGUCCUUCAUAGAGACGGUGAACGCGACAUCGCUGUCGAUGGACCCGGACGAGUUCAUGGCGCGCAUGAUGGCGGCCGGCGUCCCCGACAUGCAGCUGGCACCCAGCCAGGACGGCGCGAUCAACACUGCUCCGCCGCCCGAAAAACCACCCGCCUUCGAAACCGCACCACCCACCCCGGAGGCCACCACCGCUCCUUUGCCCCCGGAGAAUGCCGGGGGCCUCCCAGCGGACCAGCUGCUGAUGGGGGCCGCGCCGCUGACCCCAACUGUGCCGCUGCCGGCGGUGACGGCUGCCGGCAUGCUGCUGCCGAUGCACAGCGCGCCGAUUGGUGGCGGGCAGGCAGUGGUGCCCGAUGCGGGCACGCUGCUGCCCAAUGCGGCCCCCGCUCAGUUCGUCGCUCCGGCGGUGCCGUCUCCAGGUGCGACCGCGCUGGCGGACCAGGGCGGCGCAGCGCUGCAAGGGGGUGCGGACAUCUGGGGGAGGGCUCCGACAGUGGAGGAGCUGGAGAGGGCAGGAGUCAGCCUCGUGCUGGAGGCGGAGGCUGCCGGUCGCCUGAAGCAGGACCAUCGAUUCCUCUAUGCGGCCGCAGGGGACCUGCUCAUCACCGACAUUCCCGAGCUGCUCUCUUCCUACAAGGAGCUGGUCUUGCGCUAUGAGUCCCUGUCACUGGCGGUGGCUGCCGUGGCGGCUGGGUCGGCCGCGCUGCCUGCCGCCACGCAUCCGCAGAUCGGCGCGCACCAGGCGGGGUUGCCAGUGCCUCAGACGGCUUUCGCCCACCUUCUCUCAGGCGGCCACCCAGCCGCCCACUCGCAGGCGGCGGCUGUUGCGCAGCUGCCUGUGGGAAGGCCCCUGGAGACAGCGCCCACGCCGGGCACGGCCCUGGCGCUGGACGAAGCUUCCGAGACGGCGCAGGAUGCGGCUGAGAAAGUCCUCAAGCCGAGCACCUCCGCUGGCCUCUAUGAUGAUCCACGCCUGCAGCUGCCGGACCAGGCUGGCCCGCCCUCUGCCAGCACAGCCGGGGACCUGCCGGCCUCUGCUGCCGCGCCCCUGCAUGCCAAUGAGGCGGGCAGUGAAAGGGGAGGCAAAGCCGUCGAGGCAGAAUUCGUGCAGGCGAUGGCGCUGCAGGACGACGAUCGGUUCCUCUCCCUAGCCACCGGGGAGGCGCAGGCCGACGCGGAGGACGUGGGCACUCCCGACGCGGGUGCCACCGCUGCGGCCGAUUUCUCAGCGGCGGGUGGUCACAUGCAGCUGCCCACGCUGCAGGAGGUCAACGACCCCAUCACCGGCCAGGAAGCUGGCAAGGACGCUGAGCAGGGGGACCACCCAGCCAGUCACGAGGAGGAUGAUGAUGUUGAGGAGGUGGACGUUCCUGGUGUGAGCGAUGAGGACAGGGCCGGCUCUCACGAGGCGGCGGCAGAGGAGCCGACAGCAGCAACGCAGCCGCAGUGGGAAGCGGGAGGUGCAGCUGAGCAUCCCAGCUCGGCAGGGGAGCCCAUUGGGGACUUUGUGCCCGGGCUCGGAGGGAUCCAGUCCCGGAUGAGCAUCUCUUCCACGGCAGCCACGGUGGGCGACAGGGCGUCCAUGGACAUCAGCCGCCUGGACUCCAACCCGGCCGGCUCCUCCUCAGUCAAAUCAGACGCAGGCGCGAGCUCCGUAGCGGCAACAGAGCCUGCCGAGAGUCCCGGCCGGGCGCCUGACGCGGCGGGAUUCCCUUCAGCCAAUCAGAGGACACACAGCAGAGCCUUUGAUGAGGGCGUGCCAGCCACCUCCAGCGAUGGAGACCCGUUCUAUGCCACCGACCUUGCACUUAAAGUCAGCACAGCCCAGACAGAGAAAUUAGCGGGAUCAGCCGGAUCUCCAAAGCAGCUGGCACUGGCGGAAAACAACAAGCAUGAUGCAGCGGAUGCCGCAGCAGAUGAUCUGUUUGGGGGCUUGAGUGUUGCGCAUGCGCCUGCUGAGGGCCAACAUGAGCCUGCCUCCACAUCGCUCAUCUAG